CUCCCAAUCGCGAGUUAGGGUUUUCUCUGCUCUGUUUCUUGCCUCGGCUUCGGCCGGCGGUCUCCGCGAGUCCUUCGAUUUCUCUGGUGCUUCUCUGCUCUUUGCUCGAUGCUUUCGCCUUCGGGGCAAUCGCGCGGAAUUUCGCGACUCGCAUCCCCACGGCGAGUUUGGCGAUGGCUCGGUCUUAGUUGUCUCUUAAUCUAUUGGUAGUGUCGGAUUGGAGCUAGCUUUGAUGGGACUCGUGCUCUUUGGAUUUCUAGUGCUUUUCUUCGUCUGGUUUUUUCCUUGAGGCUGUUGUUGUGUUUUUGUCGUAGAUUCGAUUUCCGAUUUUUGGCUUUUGUCGCUUCCUGUUCUUCUCGUAGUUUGGUCGAGCUCUUUAGGUCUUUUGUCGAGUGCAGAACAAGAAUUUUGCAAUGGCUAUGAUUUUCGUUCCAUUGAUUCUUUACCGCUUUUGAGUGGCACUUUCUACUUCUAGACUACCUCGAAUAGCUUUUUACUAUGCUAGAGAACCUUGGUGACCAGGUGGUUUGUGUGUUUCCAUGGCUUAAUGUGGAGUUUAUUACCAUGAUUUAACAUAGAACUUUUGGUUGAAUAUGGCUGCUGUGAAGGCUUUAUUAAACGAAAUUGAGGCAUGCUUUGGAGGAGAGGGGGGUGUCCUGCUGAGUAGGAAGCGACCUGCGGCUGUACAAAACACAGCUUCCCAGACAGUGCCUGAAUUUACAUUUAACCAACUGCAGGUUCUGUUGACUGAUGUAGCUUGGUUUAUCGUUAGAACCACUGUUUUGGCAUGAACGGCAUUUUUGGCGUGGGCCAUCAUUAUCCCCUUGUAAAAUGGGAAUGGAAGAAACAGUGGAAGCCUGCUGCCUCUGAAGCUAUUUAGAUUAAGUUGAUUGACCGACUGGACUUGGGGCUGGGCUGCUGGAGUAUUCCUUUAACUUGUCGAUAAACCUGAGUCUGACAUGGAUGAUGGUGGGCAUCGCGAAAAUGGAAGACACAAAACAGAUCAGUAUAAAAGUGCUCAGAGCCAGUGGUUGAUGCAACAUCAGCCUUCAAUGAAGCAGAUAAUGGGUAUUAUGGCUGAGAGAGAUGCAGCUAUUCAAGAAAGGAAUUUAGCCCUUUCUGAAAAGAAGGCAGCAAUUGCAGAGCGGGACAUAGCGAUUCAUCAAAGAGAUAUUGCUAUUGCUGAAAGAAAUAAUGCUUUUUUGGAACGAGACAACGCCAUUGCAACUCUUCAGUAUCGAGAAAACUCCUUAACUAGUGGUAACAUUUCCUCAUGUCCCCCAGGAUGUCAGAUUUCUCGAGGUGUGAAGCACAUGCACCAUACACAGCAGCAAGUGCAUCAUGUGUCCAGCAUGGGCGAAGCUGCUUACAGCACCAGAGAUAUGCACACAAGUGAUGCCCUCCCUAUAUCCCCGGUUGCAUCUGAGGCAACAAGAUCACGGCAGACGAAACGGACGAAAGAGGCCAAGGCAAUGUCAACUAGUAAGAAAGCUCCAAAAACUCCUAAGAAGGUUAAGAGGGAAACCGAUGACCUGAAUAAGCUCUUGAAUGGAGAUGAUGGUUAUAACAAGCCAUUUGGAGUGCCUAAGUCUGACUGGAAGGGUCAGGACCUAGGGCUGAACCAGGUAGCUUUUGACGAUUCGACCAUGCCUUCCCCUGUGUGCUCAUGCACUGGAAUUGCAAGGCAAUGCUAUAAAUGGGGCAAUGGGGGUUGGCAGUCUUCGUGUUGCACAACCACCAUCUCUAUGUAUCCCCUGCCAGCUGUGCCAAACAAGCGCCAUGCUCGAGUUGGUGGCAGGAAAAUGAGCGGAAGUGCUUUUGGCAAGCUGCUGAGCCGCCUUGCAGCAGAAGGCUAUGACCUCUCAAGUCCAGUGGAUCUAAAGGACAAUUGGGCCAAGCACGGAACGAACCGUUACAUCACCAUUAAGUAGCUGUUAGUAAAGUCUCCAAUUUGCAGGAGGAAUAAAAUGGUGGCACAACUGGUGAAUAGGAGGUACAAUCCCUUGGUCUUUCUCGUAAUGUUAUGUCAGCAUUCAGUAAUUAUUGGUAGCCACCAGCGUGAAGCGCAACAAUGGUUAGGGGACCGCAGAGAUAGGAAAUAGUUGAUUGUGUAACAAGUUAGAAGGAGUCUCUGUGGGGGCACUGUAUGAUUGUAAAGCUUCUCUUCACUUCUCUUGCCCUUCAUGAAACAGGAUCCUUGUAAUGACGGCUGAAGAGGCGGUGUGUCCCCUUGUGCCCCCAAAUAUUUCUUAGGCAUGCAAAAUUUGCUCUGUAGUUGUAAAAUUUGCUCUGUAGUUGUAAGAUAACUAUAAAGAGUUGAAUUAUGGUUUUGCUGUAACUUUGGAAUAGAAAGUGUUGGACUGCAAUCUGUCAAACCAUCUGACGAAUUUGGUUUUGGCGGUUUUGGUUG